AUGACCUCAAGUGGUGAAGUGACUGCACGGUCGAAAGAUGGUGUUCCCAUCUGGGAUGGAAACAGUGCAACCUUUCAGAGGUAUGAGGAAGAGGCCCUGUUGUGGCAACAGGGGAUACCGUACCAUAAAAGGUACAUGUCCGGACCUCGCCUGUUGGCCGAGCUCCAAGGUGCCGCCAAACGAAUGGUGGUUGGGAAAGCUCCUGACUGGGUUUCCUUCAACGGCGGCGUCGAGACCUUGAUGGGACAUCUAAGGUCUUGCCUAGGACGGCCACAGGUGACAGAGUUGACCGAUUACCUGAACCAGUACUUCAGGAAUUCGAGGAGAAGAAGUGGAGACUCGAUCAAUGACUACGUGACUCGCAAGAGCGAGUUGUAUAUGCGAGCGCAGCAGGCACUCAGUCGAGUGCGUCCCCACCAGGAGACUACGCCCCCGGCGGGCACCGGAACCCGUGAAGGGAACUGGAGCAGGGGCCGCCGGAGUAGCUGGACUUCAGAGGCCACCACGACCACGGCACCGGAUGGUGAUGACGAUGCGGAUGAUGCCGCGACGGAUGCGGGGACAACGUGGAACUGGGAGGACUCCAACCAGAGAGGAGGUUGGCAGGCCAGCUACUGGGGAGGCUAUCACGAUACUUCGUGGUGGCAGCCAUCCUCGUGGGGAUGGACUGGAGAUUGGCGCCAAACUGGCGCUCGCCUGGCGAGCGGAUGGAAUCCGGAGACCAAGGUGGUGGAGCUCCUACCUGAGUGGGUGCAGGGGUGGUACCUACUACAGGAUGCGGGGUUGAGUACCAAUGAGAGAAACAUGGUGUUCACGGCAUUGAAGGGCGACUUCAGCGUGCAAAAAGUGGCCCAAGAACUUCGCAAUCAAUGGUCCGAACAGGACCUGCGGAGGCACGACCAGCAUCAGAAGGCCUCGGGCUACCUCGGGGACAAUCUCGAGAAUCAAGAGGAUGACAACGAUCUCUACGAGGCCUGGAAUGCUGGUGAAGCGGGAUCUCAGGAUGAGGACCUCAAUGAUGAGGGCGUGGCUUUGAUCGCAGAAGCAGAAGACGAAGCCCAGCAAGCUUGGGCCACACUACAGCACGCCCGGAGAACACUCAAAGAAGCUCGUCAGAAACAACAUCAAGUCCGUAUGUCCCGGAAGUACUACGGCAAUCACGGCAGUGGAGCCCGAUCGAGCUCCCGACCAAGGGAUGAUUCGCAGAUGACCUGCAUGGGCUGCGGCAAGAUUGGACACAGAAUUGCCAACUGUCCCCAGGAAAAGAACAAGGCACAUGUGGCAGAGAACCAGGCGGCGCCAUUCGUGUGCUUUGUGGAGCAAGCCUUAGCUGGGGGCCCGGCUGAGGCUCCUGGGAUUCAGGGUGAGGUCGUUCCUACGACGGCCGAGGCGGUUCAGAGUGGAUGGGGAGUGAUUGACGGGGGAGCAACCAGGACCCUCGGAUCAGUUCAAGCCAUCGAAGCAGUGAUGAAGCAGAAUGUGUCCAAGCGCGGCAGCUCGGGAAUUCAGGGUGUGGAUGUUUCAAAUCGGCCAGUUUUCGGAUUUGCUGAUUCAGGAGAGGCGCGGUGCGUCUCUACAGUGGAUCUGGGGCUACAAGCCAAUGGUCAUGAAGGGAAACUACGGGUUCACGCCCUGAACAAGGGCACGGGACCAAUCCUCAUUUCCGUCUCCACCCUGAGGACCCUUGGUGCAAGCAUCGAUUUUGAGCAGGACCUGAUGGUGCUGAGGCGUCUUGACGCCCAUAAAGUCAUCCCCCUCAGGCGGUCGACUACCGGACACCAGCUCAUGAACCUCACAGAAGAUCUUUUCCGUGAAGCGCAGGCGACAAAGCGACUCCUCGUGGACGUGAUGGACAAGAUGUCAAAGACCCACCUGCGGGCGGCAAUCUCCACUUUCGGGGAGAUACCGGCCGAGAGUUGGAAUGUGGCGGAACUACGUCAUCGUCUACGCGAGUUGAUGGACGAGCAGGAGACCCAGUGGGCCUUGCCACCGGGAUCAAAGAGGGCGACGCCGUUGCAGCAGCAGAUCAAGCAGCUGAACAAGAACAACAAGAAGAAAGCGGACCUCGUCGAGUACAUGGAGAAGGUUCUCAAUCUACCGGUCUCGGCCAACGAGACGAUGGCACAGAUGGAGAAGCGGGCGAUGGACCACCUCUACAACACCGUUCAAAGCACAAGCUUGGAUGUUGUGGGAUUUGGUCGCCAUGCAAGUCUCACCUAUGCCGAUCUGGUUAGGGACUAUCCGCAGUACGUGGCGUGGGUCAAGCAGACCCACCGCGAGACGGACGAGACCAACAUCCGCCUGAAGCGACUAGCCACGUGGCUGCUUCGGGCCACCGAUGUGUCGGACCCAGUGAUCCGCACGCCCCCGAACAACAACCGCAUGGUCUUGAAGGUGAAGGGCGGCUACGUGACAGAGCCAGAACCAGAGGUGCCACAGACAAGCGCCACCGCGUCCGCUGGGCAGACACCGUUUCCCAGCAGCCAGACAGCUCAGACGGACGUCCUCCAGACGAUGAUGGAGACCAUGCGCCAGAUGCAGACGGAGCUCAAGGAGAUGAAGGAACAGAGUGCCGGAUCCGAGGAACGUAGCCAGGAACUUAGUACUCAGGCUGCGCGACACUUAGAACGAGAGAGCCUCAGUGUGGUUCCGGACCUAGUUCAGCAGUUGAUUGCUGGGGACGAGCAUGGAGGACACAAGGGCCGGACGCCCCUCACUCAGGAACUCGCGCGAAGGAUCGCGGAAACGAUGUGCCAGGCUCAGUCAAAGGACUCUCCUGACCCCCGUAGUUCCGUGUUGUACUCCCAGAGCCAGCAACAGCAAGUGGAAGACUUGGCCGAGCAACUUUGGAAGAGUCAAAAGUUCCAGAUCAAAGAUGCUGAGCCGCUGUUGGAAGCAGUGGCAGGGAUGCGACUAGGAAAGGCCCGGAACAUGGUAGGUAGUCAGAACCCCUCAUACCAGACCUUUGGAAUGUAUUCCCACGGCAACCAGUACGGUGUGACUUCCAAGACCUCAGUGCUCCCAAAGGUGACUAAGUACAUGAACAAGUGGCUUGCCGAGAACCUACCCCAAGGCUCCCGAUGGUCGUCGUUUGUGAUCUGUAAGGACAACAGGAUGCCCGUGCACAGAGAUACCAACAAUGACUCUAACCACCCGAACUACGUCAUAGGAGUAGGAAACUACGAAGGCGGCGAGUUAUGGGUAGAGACACCCCCGGGAUACACGGGCCCCGACGCCUGUGCCAAGGAGUCUUCAGAGGGACACACCCUCAUGGGACGAAAGAUCCCGACUCGGGGCCAGUGCGUCGAGUUCUCCCCGCAGGCGGUGAAGGGCGUGAAAGAGGUGAUGACCAAGCUGUGUGAUGAGAAUCCUGAUCUGGGUGCUGAAGAAGCCUUGGCGAUGACGGUGAUGACGUUCAAUCACCGCGAUCUGGUUCGUGGUUUCAGCCCAGUUCAACAUGCUCUAGGCUACGAGCUCAAGCUGAGGAGUUUGAUUAAGUGUUGUCCGGAACAGCUUCGUAGAGGGAAUCAAUAUCAGGACUAUUCCAGUCAGGAGCCCGAGCCAGCUCAUCCCGCGUUCGAACUGAUCCUCCUACAGGGAGCGGAUUUCAGGCCGCUGUGGCAGUGGAAUUGGAACUUCCAGGGAACCAGCAUGGGCUUCAGAAGCCUGAAGCCAAGCAAGGAGCAAGCAGUCCAUAUGAGAUGGAUUCUCACGUGGAAGCCGGUUGAUGGGGGAGGAGACGUGUCGGGGGCAUUCCUCCAAGGGAGGGAAUAUCCCGAUGAGCUGUUUUGCGUGCCGUGCCCAGAAAUCUGCGAGGCCAUGGGCUUAGCUGAGGGUACAGUGACACGUCUCAGACGAGCAUGCUAUGGACUGGUGGACGCGCCCUUAGAGUGGUAUCGCACGGUGGAUGCCUUCUUACAGGAACUUGGCCUGGAGAGGACACAAGCAGAUGCCUGUGCCUGGGUAUGGCGCCCCAAUGGGCACUUGCGGGGAAUGAUCUCGGGACAUGUCGAUGAUUUCUUGUUUAGUGGAGGUCAAGAAGACAAGGCAUGGCAAGAGAUACUUGCCAAGAUCAAGGCAAAGUUCAAGUGGGGAGACUGGGAACAGGGAGUUAAGGAGAUUCCUUUGUCGGCGAGCCGCAAGAAGGUGAGCUUGUUGUUAUCUGAUGUUCCUGAAAGUACUGUUGAGACCAUCGUCAAAGCGAAUCAGCUAGCCUAUCAUGCGAAGACUCGCAAGGACCAUCGGAUGCUGAUACAUGCCUUUGCUGAGGAUGAGCCAUUAGCCAUGUUUGGUUGGGUGGACGCGGCAAAUCAGAAUCGCCGGGAUGGCGGUUCUACACAAGGCAUUUUUAUAGGACUAGGUCCUGCCAGCAUGCUUUCAGGAGAACUGGGACGAGUGACACCGAUUUCGUGGCACUCGAAUCGCAUAGACCGGGCAUGCCGGUCCCCAGGAGCAGCCGAAGCACAGGCGGCUGUGAAUGGAGAGGAUGCCCUGUAUUUUGCGCGUUUUCAGUGGUCAGAACUUGUGUAUGGUGAUGUCAACGUCCGACGACCGAAUGAGGUAGUCACUAAGGUCACUGGGUGCUUGGUGACAGACUCCAGAAAUGUGUACGACAAACUGAUUACUGAGGUGUUGGUCAUUAAGGGCAAGGAGAAGAAAACCAACAUUGAGCUCUUAUCACUCAAAGAGGCGCAAAGGAACCACGGGGUGAUCGUCCGGUGGGUGCACUCAGAGGCCCAGCUGGCCAACGCUUUGACGAAACACAAUAGCCAGGAGAUGGAAUUGUAUUACAGGAUGCAACAUACAUGGCGAAUUGUGGAAGACGAGCAGAUGAUGUCUGCUCGUAGACGAAAGACUGCAGGGUUGGAACCGCAUGGAAAUGGGAAACAAGGGAGUUCUUGA